AUGGCUCCGCCCGAACACGUCUUCCCGGUCUCGGACCUCGAGCACAAAGUCCACGGCCACACGAUCAACUACAAAGAGAGAUCACGCAAAUUGCCGCCGGGCUUCGAUCUGAAGCGCGACUGCGAAUUAAUGGAGCUCGUCCAGUACAGCUGCACGACGCCGAAUCAGCAAAUCGAACGGGCGCUGGCGAGUGGAAGUCGCACGCCUAGGAUGGAAUGUUUCCCCAUCGUGAGGCUAUUUCGCAAAUGCGUCAAAGGGGGCAAAGUCUUCCACGUCGAAACGACAGCUUGGGAAGGUCCACUGGCUUGGAAGCCGCCGCGCGCACAGGACGAGAAAGCGGUCGAAAAGGAAGCAUCGGACGAAUCGGACGCAUCUUCGACACCGACAUUGUGGACGUCAAUCUGGUCGAAGAAAUGA